AUGCUGCCCCAGCCAUCCUUCACGCUAACCAUCCCCAGCAUCCACGACGGCACGCCCCUCGAGUGCCGCAUCUAUCACCCAGCCUCGUUUUCGCGCACCUCGCAGCCCGAGCCUUGGAAGCAACACGCGGCUGUCUUUGCGCAUCCGUACGCUCCGUUGGGCGGGAGUUUUGACGAUGGAAUAGUGGACAUUGUGGCGGCUCAGCUGCUGCACAAGGGAUAUCUGCUGGGGACGUUCAAUUUCAGAGGUGCUGGGCAAUCUGGGGGGAGAACAUCAUGGACGGCGAGGCCGGAGCGCGACGACUACAUCAGCUUCGUCGGCUUCAUGGCGCAUUACGUCCAUCGUCUGGUGUCGUCUGCUGACAUUGACGAGACGCGGUUGACUGCAUGGAGCCAGCACCCUUCUGUCCUAUUGAUGGCGGGCUACUCUUACGGAGCCAUGGUCACAACGCAAUUGCCGCCUCUCAACGAGCUUUUAGAGCCUUUUUCUUCUCCGGACAGCGGAUCUCAUGCCGCCCAAAUACGACUGCGGGCUGAGGGUUGGGCGGAGAAGCAGAGGCACGCCCUGCGGGAAGCUCAGAGCCAGCACCAGACCGCCGACAGCCCAAGAAGCUCAGCGAGCCCCGGGCUUCUGGUCCCGGCAAACGGCAGGCUCUCACCCAUCAAUGGCUUCAUGAUGCCCCGGCCAGCGUACUUGCUCGUCUCUCCGCUACAGGGCCUGGUUACGCACCUGGCCACCAUGUCCCUGAUGCCGUCGGUACUCACAAGGCGAAGGCCUCCUCAACAAGACACCGGUGCCGAGGCCAAGCUCGUGCAGAGCCCUACAUUAGCCGUCUUUGGAGAUUGCGACAUAUUUGUUCCCGUGGGCAAGCUGCGUGCUUGGGUGGCACGACUCAGUUCGCAGCCAGCAUCUCAGUUUCGCGGACAUGAGAUUCCGUCGGCGGGUCAUUUCUGGGCUGAGGAGGGAGUGCUGCAUUCAAUGCUAGACUUGGUUUGUGAUUUUGCUUAUACGCUUUACGACAGCAAUUAG